UACAUAUGAGGUGGCGAGGCUGCAAUCUCUCGUAAUCUUAUAACUGUCACGCGAUGGACAUUGUACAACUAAGGAGAUAAUAUCCCUCGGUUUCAGUGAUACGUGUCGAUAUUACGUCGUACAAAUGUACCCGGGCUAUGUACAUGUGAGGCUCGCAGAGAUUAAUAUUAUUAGUAAUACCCAGCAAGUCGAUUUAUUAGAAAGCUUUGUUUUUUUAAUACGCAUUUCCCAAUGAUCCAAAUACGGUUAGUCGGCAGCGAAAAUAGAAUACGUACCCCCAAAUAGCGUACCAUAUACCGUAAACUCACGAUAGCCUCAAUAUCUCACUUUAACACUUUGGCAUUGUUGCGCUAAACUCGGAACCUAAAACCGAAGCCAUCGGCUUUAGUUUUUAACGUAUAUAAUUGGAAAGUUUCGCCGGCAAAACUUUCCAAUUACCUAGCACAACUCGUUAUGCUACAGGGUAUUUUAGAUUAAAUCGGACAUCGUCGGGCUCGAAAUCGGUUGGCGUAAUUACACUCUUAGUUACCGUGUUGAUGUCGGGCCUUCUGAAAAUGGCAGCCGCUCAAAAAGUUAAUUCACAGUUCUGGCCCAUCCCACCGCCUAGCGAGGGGUCCUCUAGCUCUGAGCCUAUCUCCUCACGAUGGAAUCAGCAUCCCCGUCCUUCUCAGUCUCAAAUUUACCCACUACAAUGGCCUCAGAUAUAGAUCAAAGAAAUGGCAUACCUACGAUUCGAUUCACAAAUAUCGAAGACCUCUUUAAGGCAGUCGGACAGGUCCAGGGCGACUUUCUCAUAGUUCAGAAAGUCCCUCUUUCUGAUUUCGAGGAGCUGUGUCUCCGAGAAAAACGCCCUUUUCGUAUCCGCCGGUACCAUGCUAGUGAGGGUAUCCUGAUUGUUACGAUCCCUACCGAGCUACAUGAAUCACUUCACCUUGACCUCCAUCGCAUAUAUGACCAUAAGCUUUUUAGAAAUGGUCAAGCAAGAGGUUGGAAAGCAAUUGGUAGCACUACCUUUCGACCACGAGGCCAUCCUGGAGGUGAUGGCGGAGAAGGCGAUUCAUCCGGCGGCCCAAAACCAACACGUCAUGCUAUAGGUGCCUGGCCAACGUUGGUCAUAGAAGCUGGAGAUUCUGAGUCUCUAUCUGCCCUCCAAGAUGACAUGAGGUGGUGGUUUUCAGCGUCAGACCACGACGUUAAGAUUGUGCUUCUCACCAAGUUUGAUCACCAGAACCAAAGGAUUAUCAUCGAGAGAUGGGAAGAAGAGUCACAGAAUCUCCAAGGAGCUACAAAUACACGACGGGUAACCAGUGGUAAUACUCUCCAACCAGUAUUACGGCAAAGUAUCGUCAUUACACGGGAUAUCCCCACCGAUUCAUAUCAUGUCACUAGAGGUGCAUUGGUGCUUUCGUUUCGGCUUCUCUUUCUACGAGAUCCUGGUCCGCAAGAAAGCGAUUAUAUUAUAAGUAUUACAGAGUUGCAGGACUAUGCACGAGAUGUUUGGGUUUAUGUUUAAGAUUGAGUAAUGUGAGGAAGUACUUGGGUACCUCUGUAUCGGGCCUUAUCGAUGGGCCUUAUCGAUAGGUAGUCGUUACCCUCCGGCACCCCAACUAUGUACCUACGGAAUAUGAUCAACCCCAAUUGACCCCCAUUAUUUGUCAAUUAAUUUUGUUUAAACUCGUCUUGCAACUCGCGGAAGCUCUUCCAACUUUAUUUCUAAUCGUCAGAGUUAGCUGCAUUAUUUCCUCACUUGCCAUACUGGCGGGUGCGGGCGUCCUUCAAUUAAACCGGACAAUCGAGAGACAAGACAGAUCUCAACCAACUGUGUCGGCCCAAUAAGGCUUCAUCAGUUCCCGCCCCGCU